CACUGCGCGCCCCUUCAGAGCCUUGGGAGCCCACGGAGCACAUCUGCCCCUGCGGGGUCUCCCAGUGAAGACACGGCGGGCCGUGGACUGGAACCUGGAAGAGGCGAGGUCAAGGCGCCCCUGCCGAGCCUUGGGGGAGAGGUGUCCGCACGACGCCAGCUUCGGGUCCUGAAACGUCGGCGGACACCUUCCAUGGAUCUGUGAUCGAGGUGGGCGGCUCUCCCCACAGCCCUGGACCACAGCCCCCCAGGCAUGUGGCUGCCACGCAUCUCCAGCACGGCCGUGACCGUGCUCCUGCUGGCGCAGACCGCCAUCCUGCUUUUCCUGGUCUCCUGGCCCAGGCCGCCGUCCCCGGCGGGCGGCAAAGAGCGGGUGCACGUGCUGGUGCUGUCCUCGUGGCGCUCGGGCUCGUCUUUCGUGGGCCAGCUCUUCAGCCAGCACCCCGACGUCUUCUACCUGAUGGAGCCCGCGUGGCACGUGUGGACCACCCUGCCGCAGGGCAGCGCGCCGGCGCUGCACAUGGCCGUGCGCGACCUGGUGCGCUCCGUCUUCCUGUGCGACAUGGACGUGUUCGACGCCUACCUGCCGUGGCGCCGCAACCUUUCGGACCUCUUCCAGUUUGCCGUGAGCCGCGCGCUGUGCUCGCCGCCGGCCUGCGCCGCCUUCCCGCGCGGCGCCAUCAGCAGCGACGCGGUGUGCAAGCCGCUCUUCGAGGACCUCGCGCGGGCGCCGCUGCCCGAGAUCCGCGAGCUCUACGGCUUCGCCGGCCUGAGCCUCACGCCGCAGCUCGAGGCCUGGAUCCACAACAUCACGCACGGCUCCGGGCCCGGCGCGCGCCGCGAGGCCUUCAAGACCUCGUCCAGGAACGCGCUCAACGUCUCCCAGGCCUGGCGCCACGCGCUGCCCUUCGCCAAGAUCCGCCGCGUGCAGGAGCUGUGCGCCGGCGCGCUGCGGCUGCUGGGCUACCGGGCCGUGGCCUCCGAGGCCGAGCAGCGGGACCUCGCCGUGGACCUGGUGCUGCCGCUCGGCACCCGCAGCUUCAGCUGGGCGUCGUCCGCCCACCCCCGACCUUAGCACAGGCCCGGGGCGGUGGUGGCGGGAAGGGAGCCGGUCACACAGCACCCAGGCUGCUAGUGGAGGGGCCGGGAGUUUGGGCGUCUCCCCCUGUAGUAGGAAUGGACUGAAUCCCCAAAACUCCCUGUUUCUUUCUUCUUGCUUCUUGAUUUUCCUUUUUGAGCUCUUUAGGAGCGGGGUUCCCGUCAGGUCCAGACUUCAAGGAAAGCAAAACUGCGGCCACACUUCCUCUAGGCACAGGAGAUACAUUCAGACAACUCUGCUGUUACUCAAGUGCUUUCUUCCUAAGUCUCUUUGCCUUUUGGAUGCAUCACCCAACAGCUGACAACGGGGUCCCAGCCCAACCUGGGAGUAGAGGGGCACUGUGCUGAGCUGGCCCCUCAAGUCUGUACACCUCCCCCCCACACCCCAGACUUCUUUAUACCCACAUCCCACCACCAUGCUCUAUCAGAGCUGUUGGCAUUUAUAUUUACUUUUUUCUUUCAGCAAGAAAUCAGACAAGGUGCCUCUUAUCUUUGGUCCCCCUCUAGGCUCUUUCUGCCCCAUCUCCCAGGAGCCCACAUACCCCCUCACCUGCCCAGGUAAAAUGAACCUUUGAGGUGUCCUGACAGUAAAAGUCCCACCCCCCAGAAAUAAAAGUUAAUUAAGCAAACA